AUGUUCAAGUUCUUCAACUCCUUCAUAUUCGACUUCGAGCUGACCCGGCUCCUCGGCAGCACGGCGGCCGGUGGCUGCGACACGUGCGAGUUCCUGACGGCCGUCGGCAAGAUCAAGAAGCACGAUGCCGAGUCGUGGCACGACGCCUGGAAAGAACAGGCGGAGCGGGCUGAGGCCAUCGCCGAGGACGCCGCCAGAGACGGCCUGAAUACGUUGGCCAAGAACGGAUACCUGCGCGCGGCGAACUAUUUCCGGGCCGCGUCGUAUCUCUUCCCCAACCAUGAUCCGAGGGUCGUGCCGUUGUCCGAGAGGUCGGUCGCGGCCUUUGUACGCGCCACGUCUCUCAUGGACGGCCCGGUCUUGUUGGUCGACAUCCCGUACGAGAAGGGCAUCAACAUGCCCGCGUACUUGUACCUCCCUCCCCAAGAAGCACGACUGCCCGGCAAGACACCGCUGCUGCUGUACUUUGGCGGCGCCGAUUCGACAAAGGAGGAGCUGCACUUCCUGUUCGGCUACUCGGGCCCGCAGCUGGGCUACGCCGUCCUCCUCCUCGAGGGCCCCGGCCAGGGCUUGCUGCUGAAGAAGUCGGGCCUCCCGCUGCGGCCCGACUUCGAGGUCUGCGCGGACAAGGUGCUGGGCUUCCUCCAAGACCUGGCUACAUCGCGCCCGGAGCUGCAGCUGGACAUGGACAGGAUUGCCGUGGCCGGCGCCGUCACCGGGGGAUACUUUGCCCUGCGCGCCGCCACCGACGCCCGCGUCAAGGCAUGCGUGGCCAUCGACCCGUUCUUCAGCAUGUUCGAGUUGGCAAUGACCCGUGUCCCGCGGGCCUUUGUCAGCCUGUGGGAGAGCGGAUGGGUCACCAACGGCAUGUUCAACAUGACGGCGGCCCUGCAGAGCUGGAUGAGUUUCCAGGUGCGGUGGGAGUUGGGCCUGGGCGUGAGCAGCAUGGGCGUCGAGUCGCCCGCCGCCAUGCUGCGACGCUUCGAGGACUUCUCCCUGCACACCGACAAGGACGGUAAGGUCUUGGACAGGGUUACGUGCCCCGUUCUUCUCACGGGUCCCGGCGGCGGUGCCGAGAUGUACUCUUCGGCAGAGACUGGGGCCGUCAAGAUCCACAAGCUGCUCACCAUGGUGCCGGAGAGUAACAAGGAACUUUGGAUACCGGCCGAGGCAGCAGACGGUGGGUUGUCGGCCAGUAUUGGAGCCUGGCCCUUGUUGGCGCAGAGAAGCUUCCGAUUUCUAGACAAGCAUUUUGGGAUUGAUCGGAAGAUAAUGCCGGAGACUGUGUAA